AUGGCACCGCCAUCCCAGAUCAUAUCUCCUGCCGACGCGUCCAUCAUACUGAAGCACGCCGCGAGUUCCUGUGGACACGACGAGUGUCCAGACCUCAUACACACAACAAACGCAGCGGAGGGACAAGAACCAGUGCUGCCUUUAUAUCUACGAUCGCCCGAACACUUCUUCAAUCGAGACCUGGACUGUGCUUGCCCAGAGAGCGACUACGAGAACCACACCGGAGGUUGUGAGUGCGAGUGUGAGUGUGAGGAGGAGUGCGACGACGAUUACUGCGUCGAUGAGUGCGGAUGUGAGCCAUGUCUGGCGGAAAAGUCUGCAUGCAGCCCACGACUUCGCUUGGAACGACCAGAAGGCAUUCGCGACAUCUUCGAGAGCGUGUACACGAACCGCAUUGGACCUUACCGUAUCGCAAAAGACCAUCAGCUCGAUUAUCAGCUUUGUACCGCGCGCGAGCUCAAGGGAUUUGUCGAUGCACGCGGACUGCAGGACCUAUAUCCAGCCGGCACAACUCUCAAACCGCUUUACAUCAGAGCUCUUCAGGACGCAGAUCGCAAGGCGACCUUCCGCUUCCUCGAUCUCCCAGCAGAAAUGCGAAAUCUAGUCUACGCUGAGCUCCUCACCUUCGACGUGGAAACAUGCCCGCAUCGCCGCAUGUGCUAUGCUCAGAUCCUACGUACUUGCAAGGCUGCCUACGUGGAGGCAAAGGAAAUUCUGUACGACAACGUUGUGGACGUACGCUUCAGCGCUCAGGUCAAGCCUAUUGAGCACGCCGGAGGGAACGACAGACUAGAAACAGGAGCUCUUGUGCAUAACACGCUCGUGACUCAGCGUGGCAAGACUGACUUCGGUCGCCUCCUGAACUGCACAGCAAUCUAUCCAGACUUCCUCAAACGAAUUACGCAGCUGAAGCUGUCGCGCUCGUUGACUGAUGACCCCAGCGCCAAUCGACUACCAGAGUUCGCUCAUCGCGGCCUGGCGUAUCUUCACAGCUGCCUCGUCACAUUGACCAGCUUUCUGAUGGACCAACAUUGUCUUCACAGCGUCCAGGUCGAUAUCACGAAGUUGGGUCGUCUAGAGGAUGAGGAGCUCAUUGCAACUUUACGCCCACUUCGCCGAUUACGCAAUGUCAGCUCCAUGAGGAUCACUGGCGACUGUCGGGAAGAGCUCAAGGCUCGCAUCGCGAACGACGUGAAUGGCACAGCAUCGGUGCCAAAUACUUUGAAGCAAAUGCAGCUUGUCAUAUCGCAUGGUCAAGCGGCUGUGCGCCUCGGUGGCCUGACCAACCCUCUGUUCGGCCACCGACCAUGUGGGAGCUACCCAAGCGAAUGUGGUUACGAGAUGGUGGAUCUUGUCCAGCAGCAUCUCGACGCAAUCCUGUGUGGGGCAGACGAUCGAUAUGCUCACUUCGGACUGUUUGAGAGCGCACGGAAGGAGAAAAUACUGCAGAUUCGACUCGCUAAGAUCCAGGACGCUCUAUCAGACCUCCAUAUGGAUAUGGUGCGGAAGAAUCUUGAGUUGCUGGAGAAGGCCAAAGCCACCAAGGACGAGUACUUCGACGGCCGCGUGGAUCCCGAUGAGACGAAACUCUUGGCGGGCUACUACACUGAUUAUGAAACCGACUAUGACAGCGAGGACUCGGAGUGGUGA